AUGGGCACUCAAGAAAUCUGGGAGCAAAAAGCUUCCUCCAAUGGCGGUAUGUAUAUGGAAUCACGUUGUGUUGAGACUCACAAAGGGAUUGGUCACCCUUGGAAUUCAAAGCCACUGCUUGGAGUUGCUAAGGUGUUCGAUGCACACACACAGACACAGUGUGUAAGCCAAGAGUGGAUUUCUGCACACCCCGCCUUCCAACACUUUGCAACCAAUGGCUGCAUGUUCAACUGUUCCCCCAUUUUCGUCAGACCAUCACCAACCCCUGUAGGUCACCAAAUGUAUUGCCAAUUGUUUUUGUGGGCAAAGCAAGGCCACGCUCUUGGAGUCCAACUUGAGACAAACAUGUCACCGUGA